AUGUUUGGCUCAUUAUCCCAUCUCUUCCCCGUCCCCAAUGCGAGUGCAGCCAACGGCCCUCCCAAGGAUGUCCCACCCGCCACUCCUGUCCACUUCCCCCGCUGCCUCCCGCGCCUAGCCGACGACCGUGACGCCGCCGCCGCCACACCGGCUCCCGGCCCGCUGCCCGCCGUCCUCCAGAGCAUCAUCCGGCCCACCGAGGUGAGCAUGAGGCACCUCAACGCCCUCGGCGUCCACCUCCGGCCCGAUGCCCCGCUCGAGGAAAUCAUCCCCGACACGACCUCCGUGCCCAAUUUCGAGGCCUGGAACACCCUCACCUACGACCAAGCCCGGGACGUCAACGAGCAGACCCGCCGGCCCCUCAACAACGGCAACAGCUCCCCUGGCGUGCAGACAUAUCUCGACCGCAGGACCGAGCUGUCGACGCCGAAUGAAGCCGCUUUUCGCUCCGUUCGUCGAAUGCAGCCGCCGCCCGGUCAAUCUCAGGUCCGCCUAGGCAACUCCUACGAGUUCUUCCGCAACCUCGAGGUCUUCGCUACGCACUGGGACGACACAUCGGCUCCUGAAAAGCCCGCGGAUCCACCCCAAGAGUCUUCAGACGACAAUGCGACAGAAGAGCAAGACGGAGACAACGAGACCGCCGCGUCCGAGGAUGCCAAAGACGACAAGCCCACACCUGCAAACCCCUUCUUCCGCACCGGCACAGGCACCCAGAUGCCGCCCGAGUACCGACUGAACAUACUCACGGCCUUCCUCAAGCUCGUCGCCUACGACUUUGGCUGCAACGUCUCGGCGCCGCGCACAGAACCCCGGCUCUACGUCAACAGCGCGCCUUACUCACCACCAGAUCCGACCUCUCCCGCCAGCAGCACGUCGAGCCCGUCCAAGGGCCGCAGCUCGUACUUCUCCUCCGGCUGCACAUUCAUCUUCCGCACCCCGACGACCCGCGAGGCCGCCCGCGCCGGCAUCGUCGAGGGGCCCCUCGCCGCCGUCAGCGCCCGCCACACGACCUCCUUCCCGCCCCCGCCCUCCUCCGAAGGCAGCGGUGACGACGCCGCCGCCGCCGGCCGCGACCCGAGCGUCGACCCGGACCGCGAGUCGACGAUCGACCUGGCGAGGGAGCUCGUCGCCGCGCUGCUCACGGCGCAGCACCGCGCCCGCGAGGGCAAGACGGAGCGCCGCUACGGCGAGGGCGCCUGGUGGGCCACCAAGCCGCGCUGGGGCGGCGGCAGCGGCGGGCCCAUCGGCCGCGAGAUCGACGCCCUGUCCGGGCCCGGCGCGCCGCCCAACACCGACGAGGCCGUCAGCAGCAGGGCCGAGGGCGCCGGCGGCUGCGGGUCUUCCUCAACGCCGCCAUCGUCGUCGUCGUCGUCAUCAUCACGCGGCCCGCCCCCGCCGGCGGGCAGCGCCAGCGCCAGCGGGGCCAUGAUGGCCGUGCGCUCGCUCCCGGGCGGCAGGCUCACCGCCUCGUCGCUCUCGUCGUCGUCGUCGGGGCAGCCCCCGGCGGCCAAGAAGCCCAGGCGCAACAUGGCCAUGUACGACAACUACCGCAUGGUGCGCCCGCCCUCGGCCAGCUGGGACAAGAAGGCCCGGUACGCGCCCGUCGGGCGCGCCCGCGGCGCCGCGUACGACGACGUCUUUGUCGUCUCGGCGCUGUUCCACCACGUCUCGGUGCUGCGCGUGCGCGUGCCGGACCGCCUGCUCGAGGUGCUGGACGGGGCGCCGGACGGGGCUGACGUCUCUGAUGGGGACGGGGACGGAGACGGGGACGGAGAGGGGGACGGAGAGAGGGAGGAAAUGGGGACGAAGAAGGGCUCGGGGGGAAGGAGGAGGGGGAUGAGGAGGAGCUGGGGCCGGGUGGAUGUCGUGCGCAGUCCCUGGUAUGACUUGUUCCGGCCCGAGGAGCGGGUGCGGGCCAUGCAGCUCGUGUGGGCUAUGAUGGCGUGGCUGAUGCGCAGGGACGAUGGGGACGACGAUGGGAGAGAGGAUGCUGCUGCGGGGAGGGAGAUGGAGGGCGCGGAGAGCGGCGGUGGGGAUGUCGAGAUGGGCGGCUCGUGA